CAUUACUUGUGACGGAAGAGCCGAGCUCACGCGCACGCGGUCUCCGCAACAACCGGAUUUACCUUAAGAACUUCUCAUCCUUCUUCCAUACUUCUUCCUUCCUCCACAUUGUAGCAGCAUACUCCACAUACUACACCAUGUCUUCUCAACGUCUCUCCAACAUCCUCGGUCACUUGAAGGGCAACACCUCUGGUGUUUCAGCUGUGACAUCAAAGAAUGCCGACGAUGUAGUCCUGACCUGUGCUAUGCGCACGCCAUUGACCAAAGCCUUCAAGGGCGGUCUCAAAGACACACCCGUCGACAUCUUGUUGAUGCAGCUGAUGCAGCACCUCCUCUCCCGCUCCAAGAUCGACCCAUCAGCAGUGGAAGAUAUCUGCGUCGGCAACGUGAACGAAGUCGGCGUCCCCUACAAAGCGCGCGCCGCGGCGCUCGCCGCCGGCUUCCCGAACACCACCUCCGUCUCCUCGACCAACCGCUUCUGCUCCUCCGGCCUAGUGGCCAUCCAGAACAUCGCGAACCAGAUCAGCUGCGGGUCCAUCGAUGUCGGCGUGGCGAUCGGAAUCGAGCAGAUGUCCCUCAACGUGGACAAGCAGGGCCCAGGAUUCUCCGCCGCCAUUACAGGCGCGAACCAGGACGCCGCGGACUGCUCCAUGACCAUGGGCCAGACGAGCGAGAAUGUCGGCAGCGACUUUGACAUCCCGCGCGAGCGGCAGGAUCGCUACGCGGCGGCCUCGUUCCAGCGCGCCGAGGCCGCGCAGAAGUCCGGGCUCUUCGCCGAGGAGAUCGUUCCCAUCACCACGACGUGGAAGGAUCCGAAGACGGGCGAGGAGAAGCAGGUUACUGUUUCUGCGGACGACGGCAUUCGCUACGGAACUACCUACGAGGGGCUCAGCAAGAUCCGCCCGGCGUUCACGCAGUGGGGUGAUCGGAGCACGGGUGGAAACUCGAGCCAGGUCACGGAUGGUGCCGCCGCCGUGCUGCUGAUGAAGAGAAGUGUAGCGGAGAAGCUGGGACAGCCUAUUCUCGCAAAGUUCUGCGGCGCCACAGUCGCUGGUCUUCCUCCCAGGAUCAUGGGUAUUGGUCCAUCCAUCGUCGUUCCCAAGCUGUUGAAUAAGUUCGGGCUCACGGUAGACGACAUCGACAUCUUUGAGCUGAACGAGGCAUUCGCUUCGAUGGCCGUGUACUGUGUCGACAAGCUGAAGCUGGACGUCGAGAAGGUGAACCCCCGGGGUGGCGCCAUCGCCCUCGGCCACCCUCUCGGCGCCACGGGUUGCAGACAGGUCGUCACUGGCCUCGCAGAGAUGCGGAGACAGAAGAAGAAGCUGUUUGUCAAUACCAUGUGUAUCGGCACCGGCAUGGGAAUGGCGGGACUGUGGGUUAAUGAGGUUUUGUAAGGGGGGUUUCCGGUUCUGGCUGGCGAUUGAUUAUUGUUUCUGUUUCUCUUUCGUUGGGUGUACAUGUACAUGAAGUCGCUACGGGUUAUGACGUGCGCUUGGGGAAUUAUUUGAUACCUUGGAGAUGUG